ACAGCUACGCUCCGAGGAGGAUGUAAGAAGUGGUGUACAAAUGGGUCCUUCCGAUGAUUGGAACAACAUUACAGCAGAUUUUUUCGACUGCGUCAAAGAUCUCAAGCUUGGGGAACUGGUACACGAUUCUACCUUCGGUUUGAUGGAAGCGAUGUCCGCAAUCGAAAUGAUGGAUCCGAAAAUGGAUGCUGGAAUGAGUUGCAAUAGAGAAACAACUCCACUGACUUUCGAUACGGCGGUGGAGACCGAUCAGAUCAAGCUCAACAAUUUGCUCGCCAAAGAAUCGAUCGGCAUUAUCGAUGCGGUGUACUCAUGUAUGGUUUCCUGGCUAGAAGGCCAUUCGAUGGCCCAAACGGUGCUAACUUGUCUGUACUUGCAUAAACCGAACAAAAUUGAGUGUAAAACGAUGAGAUCGUUUUCGAUAGCCAUUCAGAAAAUCAUCAACCUGAUUCGCAAUUUCACUCUCAGAGCCAAUGUGUACGAGGAAGAAGACUUUCAACACAGUUCGUUCGACUACAACCUGAGCGCAGAUGUUACGGAAACAAAAGCGAUGAACAUGCUGAAGGUUGCCGAAGAAGACCUCAUCAAAAAGACCAAAGAUUCUGAGGACGAACGAGAAAAGGAAGAGAUUCAGGCGCUUUUAGCGAGGGUUCGUUUUACGCGCCUGUUUUUGAUGGGUCUUGUAGGAUUGUAUCCACUAAAGCAAGGACCAUCCUGGCAGCACGGGCUAGAAGUUGCAGCGCAAUCGUCCGUUUUGCCGAAAAACGAAAUGAUUGAAAUAGUAAAAUCACUAAACGGGGCGCUGGAGUUGGCACUGUCGAUAGAGAAAACGAUCGAUUUCGGAACUCAGCCCGAGGAGGGAUCGGAUGCACCGAAUCCGAUGGGAUUUUCGAUGAUGGUCAACCAGCGCUUCCUUCCGCCGACCUUUCCUCGGAGCACAAAAAUCAAGGAUCGCCAUUUGAGCAUUCAGUAUUUGGUGGAGUUGAUACAGCGCAUAAAACAUGCGUGCAAAAUCAUCAACUGCACCAACUUUCACGCGGCGUUGAAUUUUUUGAUGGAUUUUAGCAAAAAGUUUGGCCCCUGUCUGCUAUCCCGAAGCAUACCGCAGACACUGUACUUCCCCACCGGUCCCAUGGUGUUCGGGGUAAAGCCUCUUACAGAGGUCCUUAAAGAGUCAGUGAAGGCUUUCAUCGCUCCCCCAGCGUUGCGUCCGGAUAACUCGCUUUACAGCAAUCCAUUCGCAGUUAAUUGCGUGAAUUCAUUCUUCGAAUACAACGAGCAAACAUUCUACACGCUGUUCGCCAUCUGCGGAUACAAUCGUGCACGGCAACGUGAUCGACUUGGCAUGAUAAUGGUGAACUUUGCCCAUCUGCAGGACGAAGCGGAACGCGUCGACGUGUACCUGCAUUCGCUGUCGCCAAAAAGCGAAAAUUCGCACCAUCUCGCGUGCUUCGGCACGUGGGUUUUCUAUCACUGUUUGCGCGCGAUGUCGCUCUAUCUGCUGGCAGGACUCGAGCUGGAGCUGUACAGUGUGCACGAGUAUCUGUACAUCUUCUGGUACCUGUAUCAGUACCUGUUCAGUUGGAUCGUGUCCGCGCUGACGCGUGCGGAAACGUUUCUCGCUGAGCAGGAGUAUACGGCCGAUCAGAAGGCGGCCAAAUCGAACCAGAAGAAACCGAAGGCGAAGAAACGCAAACCCAAAACGGACGCGAAAGAGAUUCUGUUCAACGAGGCGAUGCAGACGCUGUGCGGCGGGUACUAUAAGGCAUUGGCCGGGUUUAUCAAGGAGGAUCGCAUCCCGGAACCGCUGCCCAUGUUCGAUAACGAGCAGGUGCGUUUCGAGCAUCGUUUUUCACCGUUUGCGACCCUUUCGACGCCACCGCCGAUGCCGUACAGUGAGUUUAAGCAGAUGAAGAUGUUUAUGUUGCAAUCGCCUGCGACCGAGCUGUAUGCGGCGGCCGCGAAACACUUCCACGAGGCACGAACGCUGCUCGAAACGUUCCCAAAUCCCGAUGAAGAGUGGAACGAUAUCGUGAAGGUGGCCAAAAUGAAUUUCGUCAUGAUGAACCUGUUGGCCAGCGGACACAGCAGACAGUCAAAGUUACCGCCCGAGUUUGACUUUUCCUGCCACCGGUACUUCCCGAUAAUCAAGCAGCGUAAGUAAUCCGGUGUACUUAACGUGUCGUGAAGGGGCCGCAAUUUAUGUGGGCGCACAAUGCAUUCACAUGCGGCCACAAACUCAUUUUAUAAUUUAUUUCAUUUAUAAGACGUACCGAGCGUAUGGUAGAUGGCUGCAAAACGGGGCAGAGCAAUAAACUGUUUCCUUGUGAGGGACA